AUGAGCCAAACAACAUCAACAACACCCAUAAUCUUCCACAGCGCCUUCAUCGCGACCACAGCCUUCUGCUUUAUCUGCACAGUCGUCAUAUCCGUUGGAAAUUUUGUCGUCCUUUUUUCGAUUUACAAGGACCCGGUGAAAAAUCUUCGAAAUCCUUCGUCGAUUCUCUUCACAAACCUAGUGUUUUCGGACUUCCUGACAGGUUCUUUGUUGGCUCCUCUAUUUUCAUUGGACUCUCUGAUGGAUGUUUAUGGCAAAGACAGUGUUAUUAUCGAUGCUAUCAUGUUUAUUCUAGGAAGUUUGUUGCUGUUUGUUAGCAACCUUACGAUUACUGCAGUCUCAUUUGAUCGGUUGAUAGCUGUAGCAAAACCGUUAUACUACAAAAGCAUUGUUACUACGAGAAAAAUCAAAAUUGUCAUUGCCUUGAUAUGGAUACUUUCGCUUUUCAUCUGCCUUCUGCCGGUGUUCCAAGUUCCACGAUGGCUAUUCCUCUUGAUUUACAGUCACAGCCAUGUCUCAGUUCCCUUGGUCUCCUUGACAACCGUUUACGUCACGAUUUUUAGAAAACUACGAAAGCAUCGCAAACUUUUGCAGAACAAUUCUAACAUCAACGAUGCCAAUAAAGAAAAUAAAGACAACAAAAUGAGUAGAAGAAUGCAGCGUGAUCAACACCUGACGAUUACCAUCGUCCUAGUGAUGAUAUUCUUCUGCACGGCAUCUCUUCCAUUCGUUGUGUGCGUUCACUUAACGACAGUUAUUGACAACUGCCCAGACUGUUUCAGCGAGAACACGACAAGGACUAUAACAUCAGUGUUUUAUUUCUCUGGCAGAUGUAUCAUUUUAAACGCAGCGCUUGACCCAUUUUUGUUGAUACUAAGAAUGUCGAAAGUUCGCCAAGCUGUUGUAGCAACAUUCGGUGUUCGUCGUCUUGUUCGACCGAGAUCAAGAAUUACACGUGUUGCUCCAGCUCUAAGCACCAUCUACGAACCAGAUCUUCAGUUGACUAUUCAUUGA